AUGAUGUUCAGCAGCUCUGCGAGGCCGGCGAGGACGGCAGCGACUUUACCAAGAACCCUUGGGGAGUUGCAGCUCUACCGCAUCCUUCAGAGGGCCAACCUGCUGUGCUACUACGACGCCUUCAUCCAGCAGGGUGGCGAUGAUGUUCAGCAGCUCUGCGAGGCCGGCGAGGACGAGUUUCUCGAGAUCAUGGCGCUCGUAGGCAUGGCCAGCAAGCCACUGCAUGUCAGACGCCUACAGAAAUCUCUGCGCGAUUGGGUCACAAACCCUGCCCUGUUCAAUCAGCCCCUCACGUCUCUUCCUGUCUGCAGCAUUCCUGUCUACAAGCUGCCCGAAGGGUCACCCACAUUGUUGCCUGGUAAUGGCGCCCGUGGAGACACCCAAGUCAAAGUGCCCAAGUGUUUGGCAGCUGCUUGCGUGGAUCCUGGAAAAGGAGAAUCAGGCAACGGGAACUCUUUGGCCACCGUUUCGCCCCUCCAGAGUGGCAGCGAGCCACGUUUUUGGGCCAGUCACGGCACGGAGAGUGAGCACAGCCUGUCCCCGGCAGAACUGGGCUCUCCAUCUUCCCCUCGGGAUGCCCUAGAGGCACUAGACAUAGCUGCUGUUCAGUCCGUGGCAGAGUGCGUGGACCGAAUCGCUCAGGCUUUGCCCAAGAGUGACUCUGGAGAGGUUAAAGAACUGUUGAAGGGAAAUAAGAAGCUUGCAAAGAUGAUCAGCCACAUUUUUGAUAUGAGUGACGAGGAUCCACACAGGGAAGAGGAAAUCCGCAAGUAUAGUGCUAUAUAUGGCAGAUUCGACUCAAAAAGGAAGGAUGGGAAGCAUCUGACUCUGCACGAGCUGACGGUGAAUGAGGCUGCAGCACAGCUUUGUAUGAAGGAGGUGGCAUUGCUGACUCGCAGAGAUGAGCUUUUCGGACUGGCCCGUCAGGUCUCCAGAGAGGUCACCUACAAAUACACUUACAGAACCAGCAAAUCUCGAUGCGGUGACAGAGAUGAGCCGUCACCCAAGAGAAUUAAAACUGAGGAGGGCUGUUUUGACCUCCAUGAGGCGCUGCAGGCCAUUCACAUGCGCCAGGAGACCCUUAAGGAGCAGCUAGCCCACGCCAGAUCUAAAGGAGAGGAGACGGUUGGGCGGAACAUCCAGGUUCAGCUGGAGCGUCUGUUGGCCAAGCAGAUGGAGAUACUGCAUGACGCCGCGGCUCAGGACAGAUUGCAGGCUCUAGAGUGGAGGGUUCCACCAGGGCCCUACAAACAUAGCACAGACAGACAGAAAAGCAACGGUCUCUCCGUUGACAAAAACGCUGACCAGCAGGGAGAGAGGCCACUGAAUCUGAGGGUGACCAGCCAGAGGACAAAUGCAUCAGACGGAGACACGCCUCUCGGAAAGCAGCUGGCCAUUGAGUUGAAGAGGCAUCAUCACUCUAAUGCUGAGAGCAAGACGUCAGCAGCCACAGAAAACGGAGGAGACGCAUCUUCACGUGCCCUCAACCUCUCUGAGAAGAAGACCAUCAAGUCAGAGCCAGAGGAUUCCAGAUAGCAGCCCCGAAUGCUUUCAUUUCAAACCUACAACAAUACACGUCGUCUGUCAGUGAAUAUUAAAUAAGCACAACUACAGUAAAGCCUUAACAACCAAUGUUGCCUCAAGAAAGAGUUUAUUUUAGUUUCUCGCCAUU